UCCCUCCUCUUUUGUUCUUUAUUUCCAGAAAAAAAGAAAAAUAUUUUCCUAAAAAGAAAAAUAAUAUCCAAAAUUAUAAAAGAUCGGUCGUUACUUAAUUGUUUUAACCUAGAUAUCCAUCCACUCAUAAAAUCACACUCCUCAUUCUUUUUUUCUCGUCUUCAGUUAUUUUUUUCCUUCAAUUUUUGUUUUUUCUCAGAAGAGUGAAUGGCAGCGGCGAUUUCUUCACCGAUGAUUCAGUCUGCGGGAACAAUGGCUCCCGCCUCGAAUCUGACAGCAUUGGGCGGAGGGACAUUCGCGAAUGCAUCGCUGUAUGUUGGCGAUCUCGAAGGGAAUGUGAACGAGGGACAACUUUUUGAACUGUUCGGUCAGGUGGCGCAGGUGGUCUCGAUUAGGGUUUGUAGGGAUCAGACCAAGCGAUCCUCUCUCGGUUACGCAUACGUCAACUUCGGCAAUGCUCAGGAUGCGGCAAAUGCCAUGGAACUGCUGAACUUCACUCCUCUGAAUGGGAGACCCAUUCGAAUUAUGUUUUCUCAACGAGAUCCUAGCAUUCGGAAAAGUGGAUAUGGCAAUGUGUUCAUUAAGAACCUGGACACAUCAAUUGAUAACAAGGCAUUACAUGACACUUUUGCUACCUUUGGCAAUGUCCUUUCUUGUAAGGUGGCUCUUGACAGCAGCGGCCAGUCAAAAGGACAUGGCUUUGUUCAGUUUGACAAUGAAGAGGCUGCCCAGAAUGCAAUCAAACAGCUGAAUGGUAUGUUAAUUAAUGAUAAACAAGUCUAUGUUGGACUCUUUGUUAGGCGCCAAGAAAGGGCUCCUACAAAUGGAUCACCAAAGUUCACUAACGUGUACGUGAAAAAUUUUCCUGAGACGUAUACUGACGAGGACCUGAAGCAGCUAUUUAGCCCUUAUGGUACAAUAACCAGUGCCACUGUUAUGACAGAUAUGAAUGGAAAAUCUAGAUGUUUUGGUUUUGUAAAUUUCCAGAGUCCAGAUUCUGCGGCUGCUGCAGUUGAGAGGUUGAAUGAAACUACCAUGAAUGAUGAUAAGGUUUUGUAUGUGGGGAGAGCUCAGAGGAAAGCUGAAAGAGAGGCUGAGUUGAAAGCCAAAUUUGAGCAGGAAAGAAUUAAUAGAUUUGACAAAUUAAAAGGUGCUAAUUUGUACUUGAAAAAUCUCGAUGACAGCUUCAGUGAUGAAAAGUUGAAAAAUCUAUUUUCUGAGUUUGGAACUAUAACGUCUUGUAAGGUAAUGCUUGAUUCACAUGGGCAUAGCAAGGGAUCUGGUUUUGUGGCCUUUUCUUCUCCCGAAGAAGCAACUAAAGCUUUGAAUGAAAUGAAUGGAAAGUUGUUGGGAAGGAAGCCUUUGUAUGUUGCUGUGGCACAGCGCAAAGAGGAGAGGAAGGCUCGUCUACAGGCUCACUUUGCUCAAAUCCGAUCACCUAAUGGAAUGACACCUCUGCCCACAGGAAUUCCUGGAUAUCAUCCUGGCACACCAAGACUUGCCCCUCAACAGAUGUAUUAUGGUCAAGGCACACCUGGCUUCAUUCCACCACAGCCUGCUGGAUAUGGUUUCCAGCACCAAAUCUUGCCUGGAAUGCGGGGCGUUGCUCCAAAUUUCAUUAUGCCUUACCAACUUCAGAGGCAGGCUCAGCCAGGACAGAGGAUGGGAUUUCGAAGAAAUGGAAAUCUUCAACAAGUGCAGCAAAACCAGAUGCUACAUCGCAACUCCAACCAAGGGUAUAGAUACAUGGCUACCAGUAGAAAUGGCAUGGACCCAUCUUUAGUUCCUCAAGGUCUUGGGGCUCCAAUGAUGCCGAUGACCUUUGAUGGUUCUGGAGUUGCUGCAACUUCUAAUGAUAAUCAGCAUCCAGGAGCAGUGUCUGCCACACUUGCCUCUGCUUUAGCCUCUGCCACCCCGGAAAAUCAACGCAUGAUGUUGGGUGAACAUUUAUAUCCUCUAGUGGAGCGUCUUACAACAAACCAAUAUACGGCAAAAGUGACAGGGAUGUUGCUUGAAAUGGACCAAUCAGAGGUAAUACAUCUGAUUGAAUCUCCAGAAGACCUGAAGAUAAAGGUAUCAGAGGCAAUGCAGGUCCUGCGUGAAGCUGCAUCAGGGACUGAAAUCAGUGAUCAACUUGGUUCAAUGUCUUUAAAUGAAUAAAGUAAUCACUGGUAGAUGUGUUGCGUUCGAUCAUCCGUGAGCAGCACUUUUUUGGACCUAGUAUUCUAUAGAGUCUUCUGAAAUUUUAACUUUCAGUGGGAUCACUUUUUCUUUUUGCGAGAAUAUUGAUUUGAGUUGACAUGGAGGGAUCCAGGGAUUUGUUUUGGUAGUUUUUUUUAGCAUCUUAAUGAUUUUAGUAUUUUCAGACUUAUAAUUAUAUUUAUCUUGACAACAAUUUUGUUUUU